AAUUUUUCUAAGUAACCUAAAACCAUAACAAAACCCGCGAAAUAACUUCUUCUCUAGUAGUGAAUGAAGAAAAAGGUUUAAAAUGACUGAAUUAAAACUUGAUACACCUGAGGAAUUCCCAUUCCCGUUUACACCAUACAAAAUUCAAGAAGAUUUCAUGAAGCAACUGUACACAGCAUUGGAACAACAAAUGUGUGGCAUAUUUGAAAGUCCCACAGGAACUGGAAAAUCAUUAAGUAUUAUCUGUGGAGCAAUUAAAUGGUUGAAAGAUUACAAUGAACUCAAACAAAACUCUUUAAAAGACAAAAUAAAUGAACUUCAACAACAAAUUAAAGAGCUGCAAAGUGAAUCAACAGAUUGGUUGACUUCGCAAUCAAAAGAAAUAGAAAUAAGUAGAGAAUUACAUAAAUUGAAACUAGAAGAUAGCAAAAUUGAAGAAUAUUACAAGAAAAUCAAUGAUUUAAAGAGAAACAAGAGGAAAAUGCUGAAAAGUUUCAGUGCAUUCCAAGGGAAAGAAAAUAAAUCAAAUAAUAGUAAUAAAAUGAAUGAUUCGCAAGAUGAAAAUGUGCCUGAUGUUGAAGAUGAUGAUCUGUUACUAGAUGACGUUGUUGAAGUAAGAAAUGAAGAUGAUAUUGAAGAUGAAAUUGAAGAAAAGUACAGUCCAACAAAGAUUUAUAUUUGCAGUAGGACACAUUCACAACUGUCACAACUUGUUGGUGAAAUAAGAAAAUCACCUUAUGGGAAAGAUAUAAGAGUAGUUUCUUUAGCAUCAAGGCAAAACUACUGCAUAAAUCCAGUUGUAAAUCAUUAUAAAAAUAACGCACUAAUAAAUGAAAAAUGUUUAGAUAUGCAGAAAAACUCAAAAAACAAAGCCACCAAGGUUGAUUUACAAGGAAAAACGCUCAAAAGAAAGAAAACAGAGACAAAUUGCAAGUGUAAAUUCUUCAAACAAGAAGCAGUUGAAGAUUUGAGGGAUGCAAUCAUAUUAAAUGUAUUAGAUGUUGAGGAUUUAGUCUCAACUGGCAAAGAUUUUGCAGCGUGUCCUUAUUAUGCAAGCAGGAAAGCUGUGGAUGAUGCUGAAGUGAUUCUUGUGCCAUAUAAUACUAUUUUACACAGAGCAACAAGAGAAGCUAAUGGUAUUAAAUUGAAAGAUAAUAUUGUGAUCAUUGAUGAAGCUCACAAUCUGUUGGACGCGUUGGGACAAAUGUAUGGAGCUACCGUAACAAUUGCACAAUUACAACAUGCGCAUCAACAAUUAAAAGGGUAUAAAACAAAGUAUGGUAAGAGGUUUUCAGCUGGCAAUUUGUUGUGUAUAAAUCAACUUUUAACAAUCGUGACUGCUUUGAAGAAUGUAUUUGAUUCGCAAAAAGUGAUAGAAAACGACGGAACAAAGAUAUUUACAGUGAAUGAUUUUGUUUCACUUGCUGAAAUUGAUCAUUUUAACAUGUUUAACUUGGUUGAAUUCGUUAAAAACAGCAAAUUAUCGCAGAAAUUGCAUGGUUUUACUCUAAGAUAUUCCGAACAACCUAUUAUAAAACCAAAAGUUAAAAUAGAAACACUCGAAGAUGGAUACAAGAAAUUUCAAGAGAGUAUCAACGAAGAAUUGAAUCAAAACAAACCGAAAACAAGUAAAAGUAAAAACGCGAUAACAAAAAAAGUAAACACGGUCACAACUGCAACUACACAAACAGUUAAAAAUGUCGAAGUUAAAACACCGCAACCAGCAAACCCGUUAUUAACUAUCGUAUCAUUCCUUGAGACGCUACAAAACGUGGAAAAAGAUGGCCGCAUAUUAAUGCAUUCCUGCGCAGAGAAAAAAUUACAAUACCUGUUGCUGAAUCCAUCCUCGCACUUCUCGUCGAUCGUCAAGGACGCGCGCGCGGUGAUAGUGGCCGGCGGCACGAUGAAACCAAUUAGCGAAUUUCGCGACCGAUUGUUUAUUAAUGCCGGCACGGAUCCGGCCCGAGUAAUGCACUUCACUUGCGAUCACAUUGUUCCGCCGGAGAAUAUUCUACCGCUUGUUUUAACCGACAAUGAUUUCUUGUUUAACUAUGCGAAUCGGUUCAGUAUGGCGACACAAAUCCGACUGAUACUCACUAGCGCGUGCAGUGUUGUCAAAGGUGGGAUUGUGGUGUUUUUUCCGUCUUAUCAGUACGAGGCUUGGGUGUGGGGUCAAUUCAAAGACGUUGACUUUGGCCGGCCUGUGUUUCGCGAGCCGCAAGAAACGGGUUCCGUUGAUUUGGUACUAGAGAAUUAUCACAAAGCGAUUUAUAAGUCUAGUUUUAAAAAGGCAAUGUUAUUUAGUGUCGUGGGUGGAAAACUAAGUGAAGGUCUAAACUUUUCGGAUGAACUUGGAAGAUGCGUUAUUGUGUUUGGUUUACCUUAUGCCAACGUAAAUUCACCAGAUUUAAAAGAAAAAAUGACUUAUUUAGAUAGAAACGAGGGUUAUGGAGCAGGCAAGAAAUUUUAUGAAAAUCUCUGCAUGAAAGCAGUAAAUCAAUGUAUUGGGCGUGCAGUGAGACAUAUUAACGAUUACGCGACAGUUUUGUUAGUGGAUGUACGAUAUAAUCGACCUGCGACCAAAUCUGCGUUACCUGAUUGGAUUAAACGAUCAUUGAAGACUUGCGAACACAGCAAAGCGACAGAACUUAUGAAACAGUUCUUUGCAUCGAAAACUUAAAUCUACACCUCUAAAUCUACAAUUGUUUUGUUUAAUUGUGAAUAAAAUCAUACAAAAUAAAAAUGUA